UCGUUGGUAAAAUAGCCGCAUGCGCACUAGUGGCAUGACUCCAGACUCAGGCGGAGAAGGAAACAUGGCGGAGCCGGAACCCAAAAGGAAGAUCCCGCUGGUGCCGGAGAACUUGCUGAAGAAGAGGAAGGCGUAUCAGGCCCUCAAGGCCACCCAGGCAAAGCAGGCGCUGUUGGACAAGAGGAAGCACCAGAAGGGGAAGCAGAUACAGUUUAAACGUAUUGAGACAUUUGUUCGAGAUUCCCGGCGCAAACACAGAGAUGAGGUCCGGUUGAAGCGCAUGGAACAGAAGCCUGGUCAAAUGGUUCUACCUCAGGGACAGAAGUUGGCCUUUGUUGUACGGAUUGCAGAGAUUAAAGGGGUGAGUCCAAGGGUGCGGAGGGUGAUAGAGAUGCUGCGGUUGAGGAAGAUUUUCAGUGGCACAUUCAUUAAACUGACUCCAGCCUCACUGAAGAUGCUGCGCACUGUGGAGCCCUAUGUAGCAUGGGGACAUCCCAAUCUGAAAUCUGUACGAGAGCUCAUCCUGAAACGAGGUCAAGCAAAGAUCAACAAGAAGAAGGUCCCUUUGACAGACAACAUUCUGAUAGAGGAGCAUCUAGGGAAGUUUGAUGUCAUUUGCCUGGAAGAUCUUAUUCAUGAAAUUUAUUCAGCUGGGCAGCAUUUCCGAGAAAUCACUAAUUUCUUAUGGCCAUUUCAUCUCUCUGUUGCUCGCCAUGCUGCACGUAACAAAGUGGGUUUCCUCAAGGAGAUAGGUGAACCUGGGUACCGAGGCGAGGGAAUCAACAAGCUCAUACGUCAGCUGAACUAGUCAGGGUCCAUAUGAGGAUUUUAGGUUUUUUGUCUCCUGCGCCUUGCUGAAUGUUUGUUCUUGAAGACUGUUGGAACUGAGCAAUGUGACAUUACAUCUCCUGUCUGAUAACUUCUUCUGCCUUCAAGGAGAAAUCAUGCCUGAGGGAGAUCGAUUUAGUACUGUUCCUUCUCCAGGAAGAAGUCAAAUUGCUAUCCAAUAUGAGCAAAAAGUGACUUGAACUUCUGGGGAGCAGAACUUUCCUGUACAUCUGAUGAAACAGACAUCACUAAAACAAAUUUUUACUAUUGUUGGUUUUACACCAUCUUUCUUUUGAAGGAUCUGUCCUUUGGAAUGAACUUGUACUUGCAAACAAGGGGUUUGGAAGAUUGGGGGGGGGGGUCCCCCACUAUUAUUUAAUCCUUCAUUGCAGCUGACUUGUGCCUGAGGAUCUUGUGAUUCAGCAUUCCCAAAUAGAAUCAGUUUGUCUCUAGUGACCUGCACUUUCCUCCAGCUACAAAUUUCCCUUAGUAUCACAGUCGCCUGGUAAGAUGUUUAUCCUUCCUGAUGCACAGUUAAGGCUGAGGAGUGUAUUGUAAAUACAUCCCUCAGUCACUGUUGCUGGGCAAGCUGCUAGCACUAAACAAACUAAUAGAUGUUCUAGAAAUAUUCAGAAAUAAGCAGACCAUGCUUAGGCCACUGCAAAAGUGGUGAUCUGCUGCUGCUGCUUGAUCACAGGAUGCCUUUUAGAUUCUCCUAAAUCAGACUUUACAGGGACUCACCAUUUCCCUGAAAGGAAAUCUUAUUUGACCUUUACCUCAUUGAUUAAAGCUGUAAAGAAGUCCUUUCUUACUCAGUGGGACUUUCAAAUAAAUUGUUAUCAAACUCUGCUGUAGAUUGAGGUUAGCGUAUGUGUAAUAAAUCAAGCAGCAGAGAGGAAUUCAGGAGGGCAGUUUUCUUUGGUAAAACCGAGCUUCUAUCUGUACUGAACAUGAGAAUUGACUAUCCCUAAACCUAACUAGUAAUGGCAGAAGAAAUUGGAAAGUGGUGCUCUGAUUGUAGUAUGAAACUAAGUGGGAUUACACUCUUGGGAGAGGAGUAUCUGUGCUGUUUUGCAGUCAUUUGCAAAGGAAGUGCUUCUGAGCAUGUCUUGCUGCUGCAGUUGCCAACCUGACCCAUUUGGAAGGGGAGUGAAUGGUGUUAUUAGAGUGUGUGAAAAGAGGAGGGAAGAGACCACUGCACUUCAGUAAAAAUGAUCUUUUCACAUAACUUUGGGAACAAGUGUUAGGGCAUGGAUAGAUUUGUCAUAGGCUGAAAAUGAAGGUCUUGCAAGAUCUUGGGGAACAGCGUGGGUCAGUGUACACUAAACUCAGAGUAAGGAGAAUUGUGUUUUCUCCCAUCUCUGACUGACUUUGUGGUCUUGGGUAAGUUGGCUCCUCUCUGUGCCUCAGUUUCCCAAUCUGUAAAAUGAGAACAGUUAUAUUUGAGUUCUAUGGAUAAAAACACUGGAGUAUUGCUAUGGAUGCAUAAGAACAAGUGAAGAAAUUUUUGACCUUUUUUACAGUAUGCUUUACUCCUGUAAUGCAAAUUUCCUCUACUUGAAGUCUUAAAGGUGACCUGUAAAGCUUUUGAAUUUUUCUAUUACUGUCAUACAUCAUGUAACUCCUUUAAAAAAACAAACAAAAAAACAACUUCUUUCUGUCUUAUUUCUUCUUCCAUACAUGACGUAGGCCUUAGCCACUUGUAACUUCAUUUUCUGUUAAAUAAUUCCAUCAGAAACCUCAUGGAUGUGUUAAAUUAGGAAGCUAUAAUGUUAACUGCUCUAAACAUGUCCACAUGGGGAAUUUGCAGGAGUUUAACUUAAAUUAGUUUUUAAACUGAUGCAAAGCCCUGGGUGGAUAUUCUUUCACCUUGAGUGGUUUAUCAGUUUAGGAUAAAACAAAAUAAACCUGGUUUAAAUCAAAGUAAGUGUCCAUGCAGCCUUUUUGCAGUGAUUUAUCUACAUUGGUUUAAAAUAUCAGUUAAAGCAUUGCAGCUUUCUGGUGUAGACAUGCCCUUAGUCUGAGGCUUUUUGCUCCCACCUUUGGGUCGGAGGCAGUAAUGUAUUAAAAAGUGAGACAGGGCAAUUGUUUUUGCAUCUGCUUAUUAUGCAAACAGCAGUGAUGAAAGCAGGGAGCUGAACCUAAGAACCUCUGUUUUGGGAUUCCCUAGCGCAAGUAUUGAAGCUACUUCAUUCAUUUUUAAAUCAUGAAAGCAGGCUGUUUGACAAAAAUCAAGCAGAAGUGGAUCUUCUUAGACCAUGCGUAUUGUAAACUAAAGUGAACAAAUGCAGAAAAGCUUUGCAAAUCACCUUUAAGAGGUUAUCUGGUUUUUCCUUAGCCUAUAGAAUUUUCAGUACAAUUCUUAGUCUAGAGCAAUGCAUAUUUAUACCACACACCUAGAGAACUCCAACGGAGAAACCAAGCGAGAAUCUGAUUUUUUUUAGAUCAUAUGUAAUUAACAAAAUCUAAUCCAGAAUUCAGAUUUUACUCUGUAUUUCAAUACAGCUUGAUCCUCCAUAUUCUCAGCCACAGGUCAAUCAAUGGGACUCUGAUUCAACCAGUGAGUCACUGCAGACUAACAUCAUACUUUCCUUAGAAUGCAGUGUAUACACGAGGAUCAGAUCCAAUCACAGCAUAAAUGUUCUGAUGAAUUCAGAACCUAAACUUCAUGCAAACAGGUAUGCCAAAGCCUUAUAAAAGAGAGAGGUUCCCCAAGUCAGACUUGUUUUAGUGGUAACUAUUGAAGCUGUCUCAUUCUGUAGACAAAUUAAUUAGACAUCAGUAGACAGAGUGAGAAAUCCAGCUGGUGAAUAUCUACUAACUUCCAAACCAGGCUGGCAGUAAUUGGAAGACCCAUAACAAAGUAUCAGGCUAAAAUAAAACAGCUAGAGCAUAAAUUCUCAAUCUGGCUAAUUUCCUAGUAGAAAAAUAUUUUCAUUUACGUGUAUAGUUUUGAGCAUUUGAAACAUGACAGGAUUCAUUGUGACUCAGUCACUUUAUAGGAAGGAGAGAGAACCACGGUGAAAAAACUGCCACAGCAUCUAAAGAAUGCAGAGUAAUUGUCAGCAAAGACAAGCUGAGCAACUUGAGUUUGGGUGUGUGGGGGUGGGCCCUUUUUUUGUCUCAAGUGAUAGAGCUUCUUUGCCUACAAACUGUGGGGUCCAGGUUUGAAUCUUCCUGCAGUUACAGGGCACAGGAGAUAUGCUCCCCAAGCAUGACUAGCAGCUGCCAGAACCAACAUGGAUUAAAACAGUGGCUCUCAAACUUUUUUACUGGUGACCUCUUUCACUUAGCAAGUCUCUGAGUGUGACCCCCCCCCCCUUAUAAAUUUAAAAACACUUAAUAUAUUUACUACCACUAUAAAUGCUGGAGGCAAAGCGGGGAUUGGGGUGGAGGUUGACAGCUUGUGACCCCCCCCCAUGUAAUAACCUCCCGCCCCCCAGUUUGAGAACUCCUGGAUUAAAAAAAUGUUGUCCAUACUUGGUCAGAUCAAUGGCCCAUCUAGCCCAAUAUCCUGUCUUCCAACAGUGCCAGCACAAGAUGCUUCAAAGGGGAUGAAUGGAACAUGGCCAUUAUCAAGUGAUCCACCCCCUCGUCAACUCCCAGCUUCUGGCAGUCAAAGGUUUAGGGACAUCCAGCGCAUGAGGUUGCAUCCCUGACCAUCUUGGCUAAUAGCCAUUGAUGGAUCCAUCCUCUAUGAAUUUAUCUAACUCUCUUUUUGAACCCAACUACAUUUUUGGGCAUCACAAUAUCCCCUGGCAAUAAGUGCCACAGGUUGAUUGUGUUUUUGUUUGUUUGUUUUAAACCUGCUGCUUGCUAAUUUCAUUGAGUGAGCCCUGGUGCUUGUUAUGUGAAGAGGUAAAUAACACUACCUUAUUUACUUUCUCUACACUAUUCAUGAUUUUAUAGGUCUCUUAUCAUGUCCCCCUAUAGUUAUCUCUAAGAUGAAUAGUCCCAGUCUUUUUAAUCUCUCCUCAUAUGGAAGUUGUUCCAUACCCCUAAUCAUUUUUGUUGCCCUUCUCUAUACUUUUUCCAAUUCUAAUACAUUUUUUGAGAUGGGGUGACCAGAAGUGCACACAGUACUCGAGGUGUGGAUGUACCAUGGCUUUAUAUAUAGUGGCCUUGUAUUUUCUGUCUUCACUAUCCCUUUGUUUUCUAAUGUUCUGUUGACUGUUGUGACUGCUGCUGCAACUGAGCAGAUGUUUUCAGAGAACUAUCCACAAUGACUCCAGGAUCUUUGAGUAGUAACAGCUAAUUUAUUUUAUAUGCAUCAUUUAAUAUGCAUAGUUUUUGUUUUCCAAUGUGCAUUACUUUGCACUUAUCAACAUUGAAUUCAAUCAGCCAUUUUGUUGCCCAUUCAUCCAGUUUUGUGAGAGUUCUUUGUAGUCAACUUUUGUCUUACCUAUCUUGAGUAAUUUUGUAUUGUCUGCAAACGUGGUCGCCUCACUGUUCACCCCCUUUCCCAGAUCAUUUAUGAAUAUGUUGAACAGCACUAGUCCAGUACAGAUACUUAGGGGACCCUGCUAUUUACCUCUGACCAGUUAUUCCUCCCCUUUGUUUCCUAUCUUUUAAUCAGUUAUUGCUCCAUGGGAGGACCUUCCUUCUUAUCCCAUGACUACUGACUUUGUUUAAGAGCCUUUGGUGUGGGACCUUGUCAAAGGCUUUCUGAAAGUCUCAGUACACUAUCAACUGGAUCACCCUUGUCCAUGUGCUUGUUGACACCCUAAAAGAAUUCUAAUAGACUGGCGAGGCAUGAUUUCCCUUUUAAAAAGCUGUCAACUCUUCCCUGAUAUCAUGUUCAUCCAUGUGUCAGAUAAUUCUAUUCUUUACUAUAGUUUCCACCAAUUUGCCUGGUACUGAAGUUAGGCUUACCGGCCUGUAAUUGUCAAGAUUGCUUCUGGAUCCUUUUUUAAAAAAAUCGGUGUCACAUUAGCUAUUUUCCACUCAUCUGGUACAGAGCUGAUUUAAGCAGUAGGUUACAUGCCACAGAUGGAAAUGGGCCAUUUUCAUUACCACUACAAACAGUUCUUUUUCCUCUCCUGCUGAUAAUAGCUCACCUUAAUUGAUCUCUCCUUAUAGUGUAUAUGGUACACCCAUUGUUUCAUGUUCUCUGUGUGUGUGUGUAUAUCUAUCUAUAUAUAAAUCUAUCUUCCUACUGUAUUUUCCACUGCAUGCAUCCGAUGAAGUGGGUUGUAGCCCACAAAAGCUUAUGCGCAAAUAAAUUUGUUGGUCUCUCUAA